AGUGCAGCACAAGGUCAACCGGGAAGUCAUCAAUUCACAUCUCUCCUCCCUCUCUCUCUCUCUCUCUCUCUCUGCGCGCGCGCGCCAGUGUGUCCAUGGGGUGUGCGAUGUGCGCGUAAGCUCAGCCACAGCUGUUCAUUGCUCAUUGCUUCCUUCCAAUUCACAAAUAUUGAUGUCACUGACCUAGCUUUGUAUGUGAAUUGGGAAUCGCUCUUUGUCGCCGAUGCUUGUGAAAGAUAUCGAGGCUUCGGCGUUAAGCUUUGAGUGCGAAAACUAGAAGACAUUAAAACCCAAAUCGCGGUACUGGACAAGACGGAGAAUCCAAAGUUCUGCAUGCUUUGAAUGCUUGGAAAAUCAAGACAAGCCCUGUUUGGUAAUUGUGAACGCUCUCUCCUAGAAUUUGUGCAAGAGCAAUAUAUGAGUCGAGGUGUGGCUGAAAUUUUGAUCACAGAGAGCGACUCUGUAGUAGGCGAGAAAAACCCACCUUCAAAAUCGGUAUCGUUUGCUGUUUGUGAGGGUUUUUUUGUGUGCUCGUUGGGAUUGGAAUUGUUGGAAGAAAAGCCCACCUCAAAUCACAACUGGGUUAUUUCAGAAUCACUGAAAAUAGAAAACCCCUUGAAGAAUUUUGUGUUUGUUCUGUAAAAAUCCUUACUUAUUGUAUUGUAUUCUGUGAAUUUCGGGAUAUUGGGAGAAGAUGGUCGGAGCUAUUGACGGGAUGCUCCGUAAUGCGUAUGCCAAUGGGUCUAUUCAGAGCUCAAAUGGGUCGAUUCAGAACUCAAAUGGUUCUACAGAAGAGAAGCUCGAUGAGCUCCGUCGGCUCGUGGGCAAAGCAGAAGGUGAUCCUUUAAGGGUUGUUGGUGUUGGGGCAGGUGCUUGGGGAAGCGUUUUUGCAGCUAUGUUGCAGGAUGGUUACGGUCACCUAAGAGAGAAGGUUCAAAUUAGGAUAUGGAGAAGACCAGGAAGGUCUGUGGAUAGAGCCACAGCUGAACAUUUAUUUGAGGUGAUAAAUUCAAGGGAAGAUGUGUUGAGGAGGCUUAUCAGACGAUGUGCAUACUUGAAGUAUGUUGAGGCGAGAUUAGGUGAUCGGACACUUUAUGCCGAUGAGAUUUUGAAAGAUGGGUUUUGCUUGAAUAUGAUUGACACCCCACUCUGCCCCUUGAAGGUUGUCACUAAUCUGCAGGAGGCUGUUUGGGAUGCUGAUGUUGUGGUGAAUGGCUUGCCCUCGACGGAAACCCCGCGGGUUUUUGAAGAAAUUGGAGAGUACUGGAAGGAAAGAAUUACAGUGCCAGUCAUCAUUUCUCUAGCAAAGGGUAUAGAAGCUGAAUUGGGGCCCGAACCUCGGAUAAUCACUCCCACUCAGAUGAUUAAUCGAGCAACUGGAGUUCCCAUGGAGAACAUCCUCUAUCUUGGAGGACCUAAUAUUGCCUCUGAGAUUUACAACAAGGAAUAUGCUAAUGCUCGAAUAUGCGGAGCUGAAAAGUGGAGGAAACCACUGGCGAAGUUUCUAAGACAGCCUCAUUUUAUAGUGUGGGAUAAUGGUGACCUUGUCACUCAUGAAGUUAUGGGUGGCUUAAAGAAUGUUUAUGCAAUUGGAGCUGGUAUGGUAGCGGCUCUAACCAAUGAGAGUGCUACAAGCAAAUCGGUGUAUUUUGCUCAUUGUACAUCAGAGAUGAUAUUUAUUACUCAUCUAUUGGCUGAGGAGCCAGAGAAGCUUGCUGGUCCUUUAUUGGCUGACACUUAUGUGACCUUGUUGAAAGGUCGUAACGCGUGGUAUGGCCAACAGCUUGCUAGAGGGGAAUUGAACCUUGAAAUGGGUGAUAGCAUCAAGGGCAAGGGGAUGAUCCAGGGGGUCUCUGCUGUGAAGGCAUUUUAUGAACUUCUAAGUCAAUUCAGCUUGAGCAUAUUACAUCCUGAAGAAAACAAACCUGUUGCUCCUGUUGAGCUCUGCCCCAUCUUGAAGAUGUUAUAUAAAAUUUUAAUAAAAAGGGAGCACUCAUGUGAGGCCAUUCUUCAAGUAUUGAGGGAUGAAACCAUGAACGAUCCUCGCGAACGCAUAGAAAUUGCUCAAAGCCAUGCUUUCUUCAGACCUUCAGUUCUUGGGCAGCAUCCGUGAUAAAAGCUACUAGUCUUUCACCUUUGACGACCUUAAUUAUCAUUUGGUUAAUUUUAUUUUCUGGUGUGGUGUUGAUGCUUAAAGAAUGGGUGAAAAUUUUCCACUGCUGUAUAUCGUUUUAUAGAUUAGCUGUGUGGUCAGAAGAAUGUAUUGUAUGAUGUUUGUGUGUUGGAUUCUGCAGCAUCAAUUCAUUCAAUCUUUGUUAA